CAGAUGCAAUUGGCUUGAGCUUUUAUUCAUCAAUAACUUACAUUACUAUUCCUUGUAAACAUCAUGAAUACUCUCGCAUCGACCCUCUUAGCUCUUCUUGUAUUUAUUGAGUUUUUUCCUGCUCAUGCAAGAAUCUUAUUACCAGAUGAUGAUAAUAAUAUUGGUAGAAGUGAUCAAAUUAAGAAGACGUUUGACAUGAUAAUCCGAACAUACGACGGGAGGAGAGCACUGAGUCCACCACCUUCUCCGUUUCCAUCUCCCCGGAGGGAACAAGUAACAGCUCCACACACUACUGCGCCUUCAGACCACUACUACUACAAAUCUCCACCGCCUCCGUUAAAUAUGGAUGAAGGAGCCAGAAAGCGGUCGCCGCCGCCGCCUCCCCAAAGAGCACCACCUGUUGUUCCUGCUGUUAGCUUUUUACAAUAUAAUAGUAUUAUGCUAGUUUGUAGUUUUUUUAUAAAAUUAAUAAACGGUUAAAGAAAAUGUAUUUAAUUAGUUGUUAUUACUGUUGAUAAUGUAAGAUUAGUUUGACAGUUUUGCAACUUAGUAGACUUCUGAGAUGCUAUUAUUCAAGAAAACUUUCUUGAAUGGAUUUGCUUAGUGAGAUUCUUUCAGUUUUAAUAUAUUA